AUGGAGAACAGAAUGGAAAACGUUGAAAAGGAAAUAAAGACAGUGAAGGAAAGCGUGGACAAGAUGGAAACUGACUUGGGAAGUGAGAAGGAGAAAUCAUCCUCAUCAUCGGAGAAUCAGAAUUCUAGCCAAGACAAGGAAUCUGAACGAAAACACAGCAGCGAUAAUGAGAAGGAGGACAAGAGGAUUCGCAAACUAGAGUUGCUGAUAUUUAACAGAGAUAAUCCUUUUGGAUGGACCUUCAAAGCUGAUCGGUACUUUAUGGUCAAUCAGUACGAGGAAGAAGAGAAAGUGCAGGCAGCGGCGGUGUGUAUGGAGGGUCGAGCCUUGAAUUGGUACCAGUGGGUCAAAUUAACGCUAGUAGAAAGAUUCAGACCAUCGUAUAAAGGGUCUACUUAUGAAGCACUGGUGGCAUUGAGGCAAACUGGGACUGUGACUGUGACUAAAUAUCAUGAACAGUUUGAAGAAUUAUCAGCCCUUCUGCGUGAGUCAAGAGAAGAUCUCCUAAUGGGCAUCUUUGCAAAUGGCCUUAGAGAAGAGUUAAGGGCUGAGCUAAGGGAUGCUGCCACUGGAAGGGGAUGGAUACGUGGUGGAAUGCAGUUCAAUAGAGGGAUUAUCCAACCUAGCACAAGCCCCUAUGCUGGUCCCCUGUUGUUAGUUAAGAAAAAGGAUGGGAGUUGGCGAUUCUAUGUUGACUUUAGAACCUUAAAUAGCAUUACCAUACCCAACAAGUUCCCUAUUCCAUCUAUUGAAGAGCUACUGGAUGAGCUAGCAGGGGCUACGGUCUUUUCCAAGUUAGAUUUAAAGUCCGAGUAUCAUCAAAUUCGAGUUAAAGAGGAGGACAUUCCAAAGACAGCCUUCCGCACCCACGAGGGCCAUUAUGAGUUCUUGGUGAUGCCCUUCAGGUUAACGAAUGCACCAUCUACCUUCUAG